AUUAAAAAAAAAAUGGUUAGUGAGACCAGGCCCACCUGGUCCCUGACCUGAGAAGAUGUGGUGAAGCGUUUGGUCCAACUCUAAGAAGACGACCUUCUCCACGCGAGUGAUGGGCGGGGGGUAUGGAGACCCGAGGACUCGCCUGUCCCAGUUCCUCCUCGUGGCAGGCGUGGCAAGGGGAGGGAAUCGAGGAGCAGAAAACAGGAACCCAGCUGACGGCGUCUGGUCGUGCUGUCCACCGGCCAUCACUCUCGGAUGAGGAAGAGAGGCGUCGGGGCGCUCAGACGUGGAAGCCUGGCAGGAGAGCGAUGGGGAGCGCAGGAAAGAAGCUCCCCAAGAGACAGAAGCCAGCUUGAGACCGGUAGACUCCAUAAACCCAAGGACGUGAUGGAAAAUACGACCGUGCCCGGUAAAAUGGAGACUGAGAGGGGGAGCCCUUGGGGAAAAGAUACAGAGAUCAAAGGAUGGGAUUCCUGGGAGCACAAAAAGCGCUUCUGCGUCGUCUGGGCAGCCCCGGAAGUCUCCUGGCGACGGUGGUCCUCCUCUCUAUGGUGCUUGACUCCGCAUGGCUCCUCACCCAGGAGCAGCAGGAUCUUCCAACCGUGAAGCCAAACGCCAGUCUAAAUGUGAAGUUUGACCCACAGACGACGAAGCUGACCUGGGACUGCAAGGAAAACUCUAGCUCUGGGGAAUGUGUGCUGAUUCACAAGGAGAAGGGGGUGAUUAAGAAAAAGGUCGAAGACAAUGAAUGUCAGUGCACGUUUCAGGACUGUUCUCUCCACGGGGGAGUCACGCUGACCGUUGAAGUUCAUAUCAACCAGAGACGGCUUUCAGAAACGCUGGUCUACACUAACCCAGGUGGGGAGGGCACAGCUGCCCAAAACUUCUCCUGUGUUAUCUACGAUGCGGAUUUCAUGAACUGCAGCUGGGCCAAGGGCCGAGCGGCUCCCGACGACGUCCAGUACUUUUUGUACAUCCGAUCGCAAUCCGACAGGAAACGAAUCGAGAGGGAAUGUCCUUGUUACCUGAAGGACUCGGGGACCCACGUGGGAUGUCACCUCCGAGACCUCUCGGGAUUAACAUCGUACAAUUACUUCCUGGUUAACGGUACCAGCCAAGAAACCGGAAUCCAGUUCUUCGACUCGGUUUUGCUGUUAAAGGAAAUAGAGCAGUACAACCCACCCGACAACAUCACCGUCCACUGCAACGAGUCCCACUGCCUCAUCAAGUGGGAAAAGCCCAGGACCCGAAAGCCACUGCCCAACAGGGAGUUCCAGUACCAGCUGGAUAUCCAGAGACGGCGAGAUACCAGCAGCAGCAGAAGUCAACUGGUGACUGGUCUAACUCUGCUUUCUCCAAAGAUUGUAGUAUUCGGUGACUCCGGGAAUAGAUACAACUUUCCGAAACCGGGAUCCAAAGCGAAACAUACUGUGAAGAUAAGGACAGCGGACGCCCGGAAAGCCCACUGGGGUGCCUGGAGCCAGCCCGUUGAGUUCGGCUCCGAAGAAGCAGAGUCCGGCCUGGUGCAUACCUACGUUCUGGUGGUCCUGGGGACUCUCGUCUGUGGCCUGACCCUCGGCUGCCUUUUCAAAAGGUUCCUCAAGAGCCACAGGUUAUUCCCUCCGGUUCCACAGAUCAAAGAUAAAUUGAAUGAUAACCAUCAAGUCGACCACGAGAUGCUAUGGGAGAAGUUUACACACGAAACAGGAAAACAUGAGAAGGAAGAAGUCUUAACCGUGGAGACAGUCUCAGAAGCCCCAGCCAAACUGUGACUUCCAGGCAUCUCCAUACCCGGGACUUUCUAGAAGCUGUUGACUUUUUUUUUUUUUUUUUAAUAUUUUUUUAACAUUUCUUAAAUGUUUUAUUUACUGUUUUCGAAUGAAGCUUUUUUAAAUUGUUGUGAGUGUUUGUAUAGCUUUCUUUUUGUUCUUUUAACGAGGCUUCCCAGGGAGUCAGUGGUAAAGCACUCGCCUGCGAAUCUAAGAGACUCGGGUUUGAUUCCUUGGUCGGAAAGAACCCCUGGAGAAGGAAACGUCAACUCACUCCAGUAUUCUUGCCUGGAGAAUCCCAUGGACAGAGGAUCCUGGGAUCCUCUAUGGGGUCAUGAAGAGCUGAACAUGAAUGAACAACUAAACAGCAAUUUUUUUUUUACUCUAAAAGAUAAUGUAAUUUUCCCAAAGGUGCUUUUGUAGCUGGAGGGAUGUUUGGAUGCCUUUCAAAUCUGAACAACUGAAUGCACCUCUCAGCGCCUCCUGGAACCCCAUCCCUUCAUCACACACAGGUGUCCAGACUGCCAGCGGCUGCUGGGGCGGGAACGCCGUCUCCCCUGCCUCUGCUUCUACUGGCGGACAGAAUACGUCCUCCUGUUUUGGUUUUUUUUUUUUUCCUGUAUCAGCUACAGUUUAGAAAGAAAUGAGUUUCCAGAGGCUACUGUAACGGGACCUCCACGAUGGACUUGGCGUGGCAGCAAUCUAUCCGUUAACAGUUCA